AUGGACAAGGCUGUGGGGGCAACGAUUGUCUCUGACCACGACCCAUCUGUCAAGAAGAAGCUUCUGGAGACCCUGAUGGUGGAGUGCGUGGUGACGGCUGCGUGUGCAAGUGAUGACGGCACUGAUGCGGUUGCGGUUGCCACGAUGGACGUGUGGGAGAAGCUGGUGGCCGAGCCGAUGGUACCGGAGAAGCUUGUUGUCCUGGCGGUGCUCCUUGACGCGCUCGGUAGCGAGAGGAUCCCGCUGGCUGUGGGCGUCGGCUGCGGCGAGACGUUGCGGAAGGCGCUGGCCACCCGCGACGGCAUCGCGGCAGUCGUCGCAGCGCCGGGUGUGCUCGAUGGGCUAAUUCCGCUACUGUGUGCGGUCCCUUCAGGCCUUCUUCCGCCGGCCCUCAAGGUCGACCAGCUGGCGGUCCGCCUCCUCGCCUGGCUCCCGCCCAGCCGCGGCGACCUCGCCGAUGAUCUCACCAGUCUGCUGGUCGGCGCUUGGGAGCCUCGCGCCAUCGACCGCGGGCUCGUUGCUGUCGCUUCCGCCUUUGAGCUCGUCUCGGAUCCAGCCAUGCGUCCGCCGCCGUCGCUCUGGCUCGCGGCGGUCUUUAACGUUGCACCCACAUGCCUCCUGCCCAAGUUGCUGCAGCGCGAGAUGCGCGCUCGCGGCGGAGAGCUCCAGGGCCGGGCAUCGGUGGCGGUAGGCAGGCUUCUCGCUGCGCCGGCCCAAACGCCAACUCGCUUAGCCUGGGUCCUCGGCAUCCUCCACGCGUUGCAGUCAGUCGGCGGCGGUGGUGCGCUGAUGACGGCCGCCGAGACCGGCGUCAAGCCACUGGUCGAGACGCUCGUGGCAGCAUUUGCGCAUGGCGCGCCCAGCGCGUCCGAUGCACCACGCAUCCUCUCUGCCGCUCUUCCUGUCCUCCGCAUUCUCCUCUGCGGCUACCAGAGCUCGGCGUCGGUCUGGCUGGCGGCCGUCCCGGGCCUCCACGCGCUCCUCACAGAUAUGGCGGCAUGCAAGAGUGGGUGCGAUCCUGAGCUCGUUGAGAGCCUUGUCGAGCUAAUCACCAGCCUAAUGGCGUUCUUCCCGGGCUAUCCAGUGCUUUACACCUCGCUCCGUAGUGCAUGCGUGGAGGCUGCGGGCGCCGAGGCGGUGCGCGAGCCUGAGGCGACCAAGCUGGCGGCAACCAUGAAGGCGCUGGCGUUUGAGGCGUCUGACAAGGAAGUGAUGGCGGUGCGGGCGCGUCGGCAAGCUGCGCUCGAGUUGCAACUGGCGCAGGACACGGCCGGUGCGCCGGUGGCUUGCCCAAUAGUCGGCCUGGCUAAUCUCGGCAACACGUGCUACCUCAAUGCGUUGGCGCAGGCGCUUGGAGCGCUCUCGGGCCUGUCCAACCUUUUGUGGCAGGUACGCCCGGCCGCACAGCGACCGCUGCAAGCGCUCGCCGAUCUCUACGCGUGGACAAAAUACACCGAUCGGCCGGCCGUCGCGCCCAAGAGUCUCCACGCCGCACUCCCGUCGCCUUUUAAUGGGCAUGGGCAACAUGAUGCGGCCGAGCUCGCUCGGUUUCUUCUUGCAUACGUCGAAGCAGCAGCGCAGGCGACGUCGCCCGAGGUCGAGCACGCCUUUCGUGAGCUCUUGGUUGGCCAGCUAACGACUACGAUUGUGUGCCGCGUCUGCGGCUCGACGUCGGAGCGGACCGAGGACGCGCCGCUUGUUCCGGUCCCGCUGCCCGAUGCGAGAUGCGGAGGUCCGCUCGAAGCUGCGCUGGACGCCUUGUUUGAGCCAGAAGAAAUGGCCGGCGAGAACGCGUACGCGUGCCGCACCUGCGGUGGUCUCGUUGCCGCCACCCGGCAGAUCACCGAGUACAGACCGCCUCAGCACAUGAUCUUUGCGCUCUCGCGGUUCUCGUACAACGCAAAGAUGCGGACACGGACCAAGGUUCUGGCGCCGGUGUCUGUUCCGGAGGAGCUGGCGGGUGUGAGCAGUGACGAGAGCGCCGGAUAUCGGCUCUCUGCUGUUGUUGUGCACUCGGGCACCCGCAUCGAGCACGGGCACUACUACGCGUUUGUGCGCGAGCCGGUGGGCGGGGGCUGGUACCUGGCCAACGACUCGUCGGUCACCGCCACCGACUACUACACGCUGGCGGCGCUGUCGUCCCGGUUCGCGUCGGACACGCCGUAUCUGGUGGUGUACUCACGGGCGGGGGCCGAUGGGGGAGGCGGCAGUGUGCCGGCGAUGGAAGCGCUGCCGACGGCGCUUGCGCAAGCGAUCUCGGCCGACAAUGCAGCGUAUGCGCGCGAGGUUAAGGCGGCGGCAGCAGCAGCAGCAGCGCACCGCAGCGGUGGGUGGGGCGACGGAUGGGGUGGGAGUGACGGGUCCGGCGGGAAUGACGAACCGUACCAGGGCGGCGGCUCUGGUGGCUCUGGAUCCGGCUGGGGCUCACUCUCGCUCAUCUCGUGAGUGAGGCUUUGGGGCAGGAUGACUUUAUGAAAGAGAGUACUUGGACGACGAGCGCUUGACAGUGUGUGAGGCGGCUUCGCGCGAAGCGGCAGCGCGGAUGACGUCGAAAAAGUCUGCAAUGUCCUGGACGUGGUUCUGGCGGAGGGCGACGCGCUCGGUGAGUGUGGCGACAAAGGCGUCGCGCGAGGCCGCGAGCGAACGCAGGGCAACCAGCUCCUCCCAGACCAGCUCGGCGGUGACAAGGCGGUUGAUGACCGACGACGAGACGACAGGCUUCUUGGUCGAGGGCCAGACGAGGCGAUCGCGGAGCUCGCGACGGUAGAGGCGGGUGACCAGGUCGCGGAGCUGCUGCAGCGGGUCGACAACAAACUCGGAGGUGAGAAGCUGCAUGAGCGGGCGCGAGGUGAGCGCCGAGCCAAAGACAAGCCGGCCAAGGGCGCGGACGUCGGCAAGCGCGUCGUGCGCCUUGUAGCUCGAGCCGACAAUGGCCGGAUACAGCUUGGUGAGCGAGAGCGAGCGAACGGCACGGAGCGUGGCCGCCUCGACCUCAAAGCCGGAUGGCCGCGCCUUGACGCUGCGGAAGAGUGCGAGCGAGUCGACAGUGUGGAUGUCGAGGUACGAGAAGAGCUCGAGC